AUGGAAGGCAAGAAUCAGACGACAGUGACUGAGUUUCUUUUCUUGGGCCUCACAGAUCAUGGCCAUCAGCAGAUUAUCCUCUUUGUCAUGCUUCUCUUCAUCUAUGUUUUCACACUCGGGGGUAACUUGGGGAUGAUCACCCUCAUAUGGAUUGACUCCAGACUCCACACGCCUAUGUACUUUUUCCUUAGCCACUUGUCCUUCGUAGACAUUUGUUCCUCUUCUUCCAUUGCUCCCAAGAUGCUGUGUGAUAUCUUUGCAGAGAAAAGAGGCAUCUCUUUCAUCGGUUGUGCUGCACAGAUGUGGUUUUUUGGUCUUUUUGUGGCAAUGGAAUGUUUCCUUCUGGCUUCCAUGGCAUAUGACCGGUAUAUGGCCAUCUGUAAGCCCUUGUUGUAUACUCUCAUUAUGUCCCAGCGGGUCUGUGUGCAGCUGGUGGUAGGGCCUUAUGUCAUAGCUCUUAUAAGCACCAUGACUCAUACAAUUCUCACGUUUGGCUUACCCUUCUGUGGCCCCAAUGUCAUCAAUCACUUCUUCUGUGAUAUUUCACCACUGCUUUCCCUAGCAUGUGCAGACACUUGGACCAAUAAGUUAGUGCUUUUCGUUUCGGCUGGAGCUAUAGGAGUACUCAGUGGCCUGAUCAUCACGACCUCUUAUGUUUGUAUCCUAGUGGCCAUCUUGAAAAUCCAGACUGCUGAUGGGAGGCAGAAAGCUUUCUCCACUUGUUCUUCUCACCUGGCAGCCAUCUGCAUUCUGUAUGGGACUCUUUUCUUUAUCUAUGUUCGGCCUGGCUCAGGUUCCUCCCUAGAUAUCAAUAAAGUGAUUUCCCUGUUUUAUACGGUGAUCAUCCCCAUGCUGAACCCCGUCAUCUAUAGCUUGAGGAACAAGGAGGUGAAAAAUGCAUUCAGGAGCAAGUUUGAAAGAAAAAAAAUUCUGAAGAUAGAUAAAAUAGCAUUCUAA